CAAACGCGAAACAAGAUGGCGACGGCGGCUUCUCUGAGGCGGCGGGGCCGGAGGGGCGGCGGGGAGGAGCUAGCAGCGGGAACGGCCGCGGCUGGGGCGACCUGCCCCGGGUGCCUGGCUGAGGUAGUGGUACUGCCGCGCGGUCACUCGCUGGGCCGGGCCUGCGCCCCCCUUGCCGCCGAGGCGGGGCCAGGACCCGGGCCCGGGCCGCCCUCCGGGCCCUCCUGCUGCCCGCGCUGCGGCUGCCGUAGCAGCCGUCCCUCAGGCCGGACCCGCCGCCGCCCCCGCCCCCGCCCCAGCGGCCUGGCCGAAGCUGAACUGUGGGAGCGGCUCCACCGUGGCCGCCGCCGUCACCGCCGCCUGGACGGGGACCCCGCCGGGGCCUGCCUCGGAGCCGGGGCUACGGAAGCCGAAGAGCAGCGGGCCGCGGCCGUCGGGGAAGACUUUAUAUUCAGAGCACCAAUCAAAUUAAGUAAACCAGGGGAACUUCGAGAGGAAUAUGAAAGCCUAAGAAAGUUGAGGGAAGAAAAAUUAGAAGAGGAUAAAAGCUCUGAGGAUCUGAUCCACAAACUCUUACUGGAGGACAUUGAAGCAGGGAAAAAGAGAAUGGAAGAACUGCAGAAAAAAGAUGAGCCAUUAGUUCUCUGUCCUGAACGCCUCUCAGAUUCAGAAAAUGAAGAACCUUCCCAGGGCAAGAUGACACAUCGUUCGGCAUUUGUUUCCAAGAGCAGCGUUUACUCCUUAGCUUUCCUGGCAGGAAACCUGAACUCCAGAGUGGAGAGGAGCCAGAGUUGUAAUGACACAGCCCAGGACAGAGGAAAAAGCAGAAUUCGAUCAGUUCCCACCAGUAAAGCAAAGGUCACAGCAGUGACUCCAGCCUCCAACCCCAUUGUUGGUGUUCUCUUAUCAACCCAAAACAACCGAUGCCUCUCAGCCCCUGACCUGACUGUGGAAAAACGUCUACCAUUCAGCUCCCUUUCAUCUUUGUCCUCCUUGCAUAAGCCAGAGCGAUCUAUUAGUCCUGAGAGCAAUGACAGCAUCUCGGAAGAACUGAAUCAUUUCAAGCCCAUUGUCUGCUCACCAUGUACCCCUCCUAAGAGACUCCCUGAUGGCAGAGUCCUCAGCCCACUGAUCAUCAAAUCAACACCCAGAAAUUUGACCAGAACCUUGCAGAAGCAGACCUCUUAUGAGGCUAGCCCACGGAUCCUCAAGAAGUGGGAGCAGAUCUUCCAGGAGCGGCAAAUCAAGAAGACUCUUUCGAAAGCAACUCUCACUUCCAUGCCUUCUGAAACAGGGGAAGACUUUCUCCUUCCGGAAGUUGUCCAUUCCAGCAAGGAGCAGCCAGGGCUGGCUUUACAUGUGAGACUCUUCAGUGAGCAAGUAAGUGCAGAUCCUCCAACGCUUGUCAUCCCAGAACCUGAAUAUUUUCCCUCAAUUAGUCAAGCAAAAGUAGAGAGGGGAAUUGGUAAGAAGAACAGUGCCAAGAUCCUGUUGGAAAACGACUAUUCCUUGGAAUCUAAAGAGAGACCAAAUGGAGCCAUUUUGGACAGUCAGGGAUUUGAAGGAUCUGAAACAAGCACAGACUCUGACCUAGACAAAUCAUGGAUGAGCACUGAUAUGAAAGUCAACACAAGGAAAAUUAUGGCUAUAAAUACAGCACUGCCUGAGAACAACACACUCGGUGUAGUUCUCAAAACCACAAAAAAGCAGCUGAAGAAACUGAACCAUUUUGAGCUGCCUAAUGGCACCUGUGAUAUGGUAGAAGCUAUCAGUGACGCACCACUCCCUUCCUUGCGCCGUGGCCGGAAAAGGCACUGUAAGACCAAGCACUUAGAGCAGAAUGGCUCCUUUAAGAAACUAAGACAAAGUGUGGGGGAGUUGGGCCUGACCUCUGGGGACCCAGUGUUUCAGGAGAUGGAGCAGAAGUUACAGCAGGAAGAAGAAGAUCGGCAACUGGCCCUUCAGCUCCAGCAUAUGUUUGACAAUGAGAGUAGGACAGUGAGCAGGCGGAAAGGAGGUGUGGAUCAGUAUCUCUUACGGUCCAACAGCACUACGGGUGCCAAGUAGUACUUAUGAACAAUGUUGCCUUUUUCUUAGAGGCCAAUAGGUUCAAUCAGAGAUUCUUGACUCCACGUUUUUGGUUAGGUUGAGUAUUGAAAACAUCUUUGAAUAUGGAUUUGAGUUAGGGCCUUAUAGUCAUAGUCAGAGGGAUUUCCUGUCCCUGCCCCUCUUCCAUGAUCAAGUCCUUUCAAGUAGGAAGCCUUCUAUACUGUAAAUAGUUUAGAGGGUCUUUGGGGCCAAAGCUGGCAGGGCCAGGUUGGUCAGAACCUUGGGCUGGCCAUUAUCAGGAGCCUGUGGCUAGUUUGCAAUUCCACAUGCCCCCUAAUUUUUCCCUCUCUCCCUUCCCCCUUCCUCUACUCCAUCCCUUCUUCCUUUAUCUCUCCCUUCCUUUCCCCUUCCCCAUCCUCCUCCUCUCUUAAAAAUGAAGAAAAUGAGUUAGGUUUGUGGAAACUCUAUGGACUAGACCACCUAACCUUUUUCAUCCUGGCUUUGUUUAAACCAACCUUGCAGAUAGAAUGAAUAGUGUUCUGAACAAUUAAUUGAUAAUAUUUCUAUUUGACCUUGAAAUUCAUAAUUUAAAAUUCUCUUCACUCCUGAGUCUUUUCCUUCCCUCUCCCCAUCCCCCAAAUAUUUCCUUCUAAUUGUGUUGUCUCUGGCUAAUUCUGAAAUAUCAGUAGCACACUUUUUUUAAGCACUACUAUAUACAGAACACUGUCUUUUGGCUAAGGAAGAUACACAAUUUAGAUAGAUGGUCCUUAUCCCUCAAUGACCUUAUAAUCAUGUAAGGGCAGGAUAAAAUUAAAUUGUAUUUCCCUUUACAUAUAAAUUGGUAAUUUCAUAAUAUCUAAGGAGCAGCAAAGAUUAACUAAUAAUCAUUCACAAUUUUAAGCAUUGAGAGUGACUAUGAAAAAUAUACUGGCCUCACAGCCUUUCUAACCUCUAGUAUUACCCGUUUAUAAGUUGAGAGCCAUUCUCAGUGACUUCAUGGCACUUGGUUCUCUGCAAGGUUGAUUUAACUUUUAAAUAAGAAUACUGGGUCAAAGUCAGACAAUGAUAUUUAUUGAGCACUUAUUGUGAACUGUUGAAACAAAGAAGUUGAUUAGUCUAUAACCAAGAAUUCUGAUGUUUGUGACCCCUUAGGGGUCUGUUUUCCUCUGGAGCAUUGUACUGCAUCUCCUCCCUCAUAGGAGCUGGUACUUUUGCCUUUCCAGGCUCACCCAAGCUUAGGGAUUAAUGUGUUCUUUCAGAUCAUCUCAGAGGACUUUGUUUAUCCUAUAUACAUACAAGGUGUGACUUCUAAGUAAUUCUAUUGAUGUUUUUAAAAUGAAUGUGUCCAGACAAGUCUUUAUCCUCUUAAAAAAUAAUUCCUUUGGAAUGCUGACAUUGUUCAAUAUUUUCUGGAUCUCUUUUUUUUUUUUUUUUGGAAAUUGCCUUCAGGAUCUUCAAGAUCCCAUCCCAUCCCAUUCCUUCCAAUGGUUGCCAUAUCUUCAUUCUUUGAGAGUGAAUUUUAUCUUUGGAAAUAGUUAAAAGCCAUAUACAAAUCUGGUAAAUAAAUUGUGUGGUCCAGUCGGAUAAUCACAUGUUUAGACUACAUAUAAACUAUUACUGGAAAGUAAUGAGAUAUGUUUUUGAGAGGCUUGAAAAUUAGCUCUUAAGGUCUCGAAUUGUGGCAAUUUCAUUGGAAUUAGUGUAUAGCUUUCCAAAGGAAUUAGGUUGAAGGACAUAAUUCAUUUGGAUGGCUAAGUUCUAAUAGAGUAGUAGUUGGAUUUCUUUUUAAUCAGUUUUAUUACUUUAUAGUCACACUUUGUAUGAUCUUAAGUCCAACUAGUUACUAGUGACAUGAUGCCUUUUUAAAGACUACCUGAGCAAGUGUCUAUAUUGAAAUAGUUAGAAGUGGUCUAAAAAGGACAGAAAAGUUGGCCCUUCUAUCUUCCCUCACAAUCCCCACUCCCAGUACACACAUAUACUUAAAAAAAGCCAUCAGUUACUGCCAUUAGUAUACUUCCAGUCUGCCAUUUGUAAGUAUUAAUGGAAGGUUAACUCUGUUGGUAGCAGCAAAGACACACUUAUUUUUCCGUUUUAUCACUUCUUUCUAUAUGUCCAAAAAUCUGAAAACACUUUUCAGUUGGGACUCACUUUUGUUUAAAAAAAAAAAAAAAAGAAGAAAAAACUAAAAAGAUAAACAGAAAAUAUUUUUAAUAGAUAAAGCUAUAUAUUUUCAAUAUUUCCCUAAAUCGACACUCAUUUUUAGAAAUCUCAUAGCAAUGACAACAGAUGAUAGUUUUGACUAUAAUUAGCAAAGCUAUUUCCUGUUAAUGCCUCAGGCCCUGGUGUGGUCUCCCAGUCUGGUACUUAGAAUGGCAUCAGCCAUCAACGGUUUGGGAAAAUAAAACUGCUGAGGAAAGUUUCCCACAUGUAAGUAGAGUGGUAUCACUUGAGGGACCGAUUAUAUUCCCUAUAUUUGCUUGGCUUUUGGGGGGGGAGGGGGGAGUGGGAAUAUGGGAAGAACAAAAUAAUCAGAGACCCUAUCUCAGUAUUGUCUGUAUUUUACAUUAUUCUCCACCUUAAAAUCUCCUUGGAAGCUGAAGCUUGAACUAUUUCCUUUCUCAAACUUGCCCCUCAUUCACUUGACUGGUUUAUUGUGAAUUUGCAUCGUAAUUGAGUUGCUGGCCUGAACUCUCCUUUAAGAAAAUGAAAAACCAGACAGAAGAUGGGGAACUUUGUGAACCAGAAAUGAAAAAAAUACACUUCAACAGGAAUCUGUUUUCACAAGUCAGCAAGGCUCAACUUAUCAUGCAAGUUUUCCUCAGCCGUUAACUCUGCUCCUGAUUGGGAGUAGGGAAUGAUUUUGAUUAGAAGUCCAGAAAACCUGAGACUUGCAGAAGGUGCCUCACUGGCCCAAACUGGGAAGAUACUUGGGGAGAGUGCCCAUGACCUGUUGAUUGUAUAUGUUGGAAGAAGUCAUUUAGCCCUGUUGGGCUGUCUUUGAAUCAGGCAUUUAUGUGUUCUGUCACUGGUCCGUUCUUUGGUCUCUCCACUUUUUCUUUCCCUAAGCCAGGCAGGCAGACCUUUUAAGAAGCAGCUUGAUUUUCUUCAUACCCUGAGAGGAAACAUUCCUGAUAUAUGCCAUCUCCAGAUGUAUGUUAAUUGGACCCAAAGGAAAAAUGCCCUUCUUUGAUUAUAGCUGCUUAAUUGUUGUCUAAUUAAAUCCCAAUGACUAAGACAGAAAGCCUGGGUGACCAAGUGAUGACUGAAGGUUAUACUCUUCAGCUUUUGAAUGUAUUUGUGACCAGAGAGUUUUUGGAUCAUCUUACAGGAAAGCCCAUUCUUUCAUAGGAGUGAUCCUGAAUGGGUCAGUAAUAAGGACAUUAUAUGGCGCUUUGCACAUAGUGGGUGCACAAUAAAUAUUUGCUUUGAUUUUAUUUGGAAA